UCAAUAGCAGAAAGGGUCCCGUUAUGGUCACGCUCCCGAUUUUCAACCCAGUUCUCACUGCUCAGUAUUAUUAUGGAAGGAGUGGGAGCAGAACAUAUGUGUGCUUAAAGGUGUGGAGUGCCGAAUGGGAUGAAGAAGGAAAUCGUGAUGGUACUUAAUGGAUAAGGGGAUUCUUUGCGAGGUGAAGAUCACAAGCAUCUCCCAUGUCGACGUGUAAGCACAAACUGGCCUGCCCUUGCAACCCAUUGCACAUCAAAUCACCCUCCUCUGCCUUCUAGUCAAAUUUCUGCUCGUGAAUGAGCCGAUCUCUCAACCCGACAUUGUCACUUGAGUACAAGUCACCGUCACGAUGGCCUCAGCGAGGGCAGCAAAAUAAAGGAACGGUUGUUGGCGCUGAAAAUCGAAGACUGGUUUGAAAAAGGAAGCCGAACUAUUCGAGGAAAUCGAAGGUUUUCAAAAAUCCUUCACGUACUCAUCUUGACUUACUGCAGCCACUGUCAAUGUCAUUCAGAAGAACAAGGUCAAGGCGAAAGAAAUAUCGCCUACCUGCAGGAACGUCUUCAGGCUAAUGUCAUCCUGUCCAACAAUUCGCUUUUUCAACACAUCCGCAAACAUGAAACAUAAAUUCACAAUGCGAAUACACUCCCGAUAUUUUGCCUCGACGAAGAUAUCCGUGUUGGCCGAUGUUACAUUUCUCUCUGAGUCCUGACGAUAGAAGGCACCUGGAGUACUACUCAUGGCAUUUAUAGGGUGAAGAAGCGUACGAUAAAUGAUAAGUUCCAAAAUCGAGCUUGCGUACAUUCGCAGGCUCCAGGAUCUACCGAUACGAAGGCAACUGAUCAAUAAUUUCCACGAGCGAAUACAUGCCGCACUCCUUGGUCGCCUAGAUGCAAGGGUGCUGCAAAGAAUAUGAACUCAAUCAAGUGUUCCGUUGUGGUGCGAUGAAAUAUGACCGGGUGCGAGCACAGAGAUGGUCUGAGUGGGUUCUGAGGCUUGGAGUGCGUUUAUUAUGGGAUAUGAACCAAGUCUUGUUUCAGGCAUCCGAUCAUUCGAAGUACUAUUCAUGAUCCUAGAAUUGAAUUAGAAUAACUUUCUCGGAGUCACCCAUCUUCGGAGACCUUUCCUCCCGUCCACAUCCGUUAGUAAGAGGUCCGCCGAGUUUAUGUCCUUACGUUAGAACAAUUUCGUUCAGAAAUAUCGAUAAAAUGCAAAAGGUCGCCAGUUAUGCCACGCGGCAACGAUUUACGUGCGUUCACCCACAAGCGAAAUAUCGCCCCUUGCCACUCCUUUAUCCACGACCUCCUUCUGAUGCUCUUCUCAAGGAAAAAUAUCAUCCGGACGGGCAAAAAACCUCUUUACGCAGCCUCCAAAGUACUCAAUGUCUCCAGUACAACUGCCUCUUCGGCGUUUGCGAAAUGCUGGGUACACGGAACCAAUAAGACUUCUGCAAUCUUUCGUUCUGUGAAGAAUCAAGGUCUUCGAAGGGUUUAUUCCACUGGUAGUGGCAACGGUAGUGAGGGGAAAAAUCUGAAUAGUGGUUCAGGGAGGAGUAUACCAUUUUAUCACAAACUUGUGAAUGCAUGGACGUCAACGCCAGUUGUGUGGUACCCGAUUCCAAUCGCUGUCGGUGCAAUACUUCUCGUGGCAAUACAGUAUCGCAAGAAAUCGAGGCGCGCAAGUAAAGAAGUUCAGGUCGACGAGGAAGGAAGGGAAAUCAUUAAACUAAAAGGCCCCUGGCAGGUCCACGUUCUUGGUGCCCUCCCACUUCGUAAUAUGUCACGGUUAUGGGGCUACAUGAACUCUCUGGAACUCCCACCCUGGUUCAGGCCUGUCGGCUUUCGAGUAUACGCCUACGCGUUCGGCUGCAAUCUCGACGAAAUAGAACCCUCAGACCUUCGAGCUUACAAUAGUUUGGGAGAGUUUUUCUACCGAAAGCUUAAACCCGGCGUGCGACCAGUGGAUGACGCUGUCCUGGUCAGUCCCGCAGACGGUCGUGUACUUCAUUUCGGCAAAGUCCAAGAUCUACGAGUGGAACAAGUCAAAGGAAUUACCUACUCCUUGGAUGCUCUCCUAGGUGUAGAUCGUCCAGAAUCCCCUCCACCGACACCUAUCCCUUCUCAUCGCCACACUAUGCCCAUCGUAGAUGACCACGAAUUCGCCAACGUGAACGGUAUCGAAUACAGUCUUGGUCAAUUGAUUGGUGAUUCGCCGCCUUCUACUCCUCGUUCUGAAGAACCACGGACAAAGAAGUUUGGUGAACAAACCGACGCAUCUGUCGUCGAGGCUGGUCGAAAUCUCAAGGAGACGAUAGUCCAUGACGCCUCUGUCGCGUUGGAAGUCGGCAUGGGUGACGUUCGUGCUACCCCGAAACCCAGCGUGGGGAAUCUGCGGCCAGGAAACUCUCUCUACUUUACCGUCAUAUACCUAGCACCAGGCGAUUAUCAUCGGUUUCACAGUCCCACUGCUUGGGUGGUCGAGAAGCGAAGACACUUUGUGGGCGAGCUCUUUUCGGUGUCACCCUACAUUGCAAAGAGAUUGGAGAACCUGUUUGUCUUGAAUGAGCGUGUCGCUCUACUUGGACGAUGGACGUAUGGGUUCUUUGGGAUGAUUCCCGUUGGUGCUACCAAUGUUGGUAGUAUCAAGAUUAAUUUCGAUUCGACACUACGCACCAACGAACGAGGUCGUCUACCUCCCCCUGGAACUUACACCGAAGCGGUUUACUCGGAAGCAUCUCCGAUCUUGAACGGGCAACCGUUGUUACGUGCGCAAGAGAUGGGAGGCUUCAGUUUCGGAAGCACGAUUGUGUUGGUGUUUGAGGCACCAGAGACAUUCAAGUUUUCGAUAGAGAAUAAUCAGAGAGUUAGGGUUGGACAAAGACUUGGCGACGUUUCGCGAAACCUCGACUCGUUCAAGGCCAAGCAAGAGUAA